AUGGGAUUACGAACAAAUAACGAUGAUGAUGAUAUAUUGGAUUCUGUUGAUGAUGAAAUUCAAGCAACUCUUAUAGACGAUGAUUGUGAAACGAAUAUUUUUAAUUCAGCAUCGUUCUUUGAUUCAAUUAACACCGAUGAAAGUAUUCCUGAAUUGUUGUUGAUGAUGAAACGAUCGUAUAUGCUAUUUAUUUUGAAAUUACGUGAAGAAUAUUUACUGCCACAGGGUGUUACAAAUAUCAUUUCUACUUAUAUUGUUACACUUAUUCGUCAUUUAGAAAUUUUACUAAAUAAAAAAGCAGUUCUUCCAUCUGCAUAUAUUUAUUCAUCUUCAACAUCAUCAGUACCAAAACAAAAUCAAAAAAUUAUUGAAAUUUAUCAAUUACAUGAAACAUUAAAUGGUUUAUCGAAUAUAAUCGAAUCAAUAUCUAAAAGCAAUUACCAAUUCAUUAAAAACUGUGAGAAGUAUUUGAAUUAUGAUUCACCAGAACAAGUGAUAUUAUCAUCACCUGAUGAACCUAUCGAACACGCAUAUUUUAUUCCAAUUGAUAGAACAAUAUCAUCGAUGUUGAACUCUCAACCACUUCUAUCAGAAAUUUUAGAAAAUAUUCAACAACAACGAAUCAGUGUAGAAAAUGAUUCGGAUCUAAUGUUGUCAAUAAGAGACGGAUAUUAUGGUAAUCGAUUCGAUGAAGAUAGUCUUUUAAUUCAGCUCUAUUUGGAUGACAUUGGUCUCACUAAUCCACUAGGAGCAAAACGUGAUAAACACAAAAUGACCAUGAUCAUAAAUGAUCCUGAUAGAAUACCUUUGAAAGGUGUUGUUGGACCAAGUCCUUUACGAGAGUUAAUUGGUUUUCAUGCGACAACAUCAUUACCUCGAGAUCUAAUGCAUGAUCUCAUAGAGGGAUCUUCUCAAUAUCCAGUUGGAAUGAGAAAAGUUCGAAAAAAUUGUUUUGAUAUACAAAUGAAAGAUAUUUUAUUGAAACAUUUUAAUCAUAUUGAUUUUGAUACAGAUUUAUAUCAAUGCAAUAUAUUAAUUCAUAAUAAUAUUGAAUAUCCUCGAUGUGGAGUAUAUGUUAUAGAUUUAAAACCAUCGCACGAACAACCAAUAUUUGCUCAAGUUAUUAUGAUAAUAAAAAAGAAAGAAAAGUGGUGGUUAUUAGUUGAUAUUCUUAAUACAAUUUGUUAUGACGAAAAAUUAUCUGCAUGGCAAAUACAAUCUACAACUCGAUAUUCUUUGAUUGAUUCAAAUGAUUUAACAUAUUAUCACAAAGGACUGGAUAUUUACAUAGUGAACAAUUUAAGUUUUGUUUCAUUUAUAUCACGUCUGACGUUACAUUAA